AACGUUCAUUCGCAGAAAUUCAAACCUCAUCUCCAACCCCCCUUCGCUCUAUCACACGAUCACUAUCAAAAUUCAAAUCACUCUCCAUUGCGAGAAUUCCAAGCUAAGAAAGAGCUAGAAUUUCACUGCAAUGGCGACGCUAAUGUCGGGCUCCAGAGUUCAACCAGCAGCUUGUGUUGUUCUUUCCUCCUCCAUCAAGCACCAUCUGGGUUUUAAUUCCCUUCGUCGUUCCAAUUGCUCCUUCUCUCAUUUUCACCAUUCCUCCUUCUCCUUCAGGCGCUCUGGAGCUAGACGAGCUCUCUCUGUUUCCAUGUCCGUUAGCCCUCUUGAAGCCUGUGUUAAAGCUUCCAUUACCGUUCCCAACAAGCUCGGCGACUGCCCUUUUUGCCAAAGAGUAUUACUGACUUUGGAGGAAAAGCGUCUACCCUAUGACCUAAAGUUGGUAGACCUGUCAAACAAGCCAGAAUGGUUCUUAGAAAUAAGUUCAGAGGGGAAAGUUCCCGUUGUUAAAUUUGAUGAACAGUGGGUUGCAGAUUCAGAUGUUAUAACACAAACACUGGAAGAGAAGUACCCAAACCCACCUUUAGCGACCCCUCCCGAUAAAUCUUCAGUAGGAUCAAAGAUUUUCUCCACGUUUAUUGCUUUUCUAAAGAGCAAGGAUCCUAAUGAUGGAACAGAACAAGCAUUACUUAGCGAGCUGAGUUCUUUCGAUUCUCACAUCAAAGAGAAUGGCCCUUUUAUCAAUGGGAAAGAGAUUUCUGCAGCAGACCUGUCACUUGGUCCAAAGUUGUACCAUUUAGAAAUUGCAUUGGGUCACUAUAAGAACUGGUCAGUCCCAGACAGCCUACCCUACGUUAAGUCUUACAUGAAGCAGAGCAUAUUUUCAAGAGAAUCAUUUGCAAAAACUCGUGCCCUUCCUGAGGAUGUUAUUGCUGGUUGGCGUCCAAAGGUCUUAGGUUAAUAUCUUUUCUAGGCUGCUGAUUCGUCUUGAUAUGAGAUUCCACUGCCCUGCAUCUCUUCUAAGGCAGGCACCGUAGUCAUCAAAAUGAGUGCUUUUCUGCUGCUUCAUAUCACACUCAAAAGCUGUUUAGUAGGAAAUGUUAGAACACUAUGCUUAUGUCCAAUACAUCUUGUAAAUUUAACUUUUGGCAUGGUCGACUUAUGAUUGUUUGUUCGUUAUUUUAUUUGUUUAUGUUAUAUAUUGUUGUUAUUUGUUGCGUGGAAUUA